AUGGCAUCUCGGUCGCCCAGUGAACGCAGUGGCUCCAUUCAGUCGCAUGAAAGCCCCAAGACAUCCUUGAAUACAAAAUCCGAUCCCAACACAGCCCUACAUGAGGCGCAACCCAUUGCUGUGAUCAACGAACCAGGACUACGUGAUAUGUUCUCCUUACGAAGCAUGCAGCACAGAGAUCGUGACGGGAAGCUAAUUACUGAUCCGGAUCGCUCCAACCCAACCCGAAAUCGCCUUGAGCGACCGCUGGACACCAUCCGUUCCUUCGAAGCGGCCAUCGAGGCUCAUGGCAAACAGAAUCGAAUGUGA